CACGAAAGCAACAAGCCAUCUGAAUUUCCAUAUUUUUGAAGGUAGCUGUUUAUUAAUGGCAGGAAUAAAACUACUAGAUUCGUGGGCUAGUCCUGCUGCAAUGAAAGUGAGAAUAGCAUUGGCUGAGAAAGGAAUCGAGUAUGAGUCCAUGGAAGAGGAUUUGCCACACAAGAGCCCUCUGCUUCUAGAGAUGAACCCAGUCCAUAAGCGAAUCCCCGUUUUGAUCCACAAUGGUAAGCCCAUAUGUGAAUCGAUGAUUAUAGUUGAGUACAUUGACGAGGUCUGGAAUGACAGGUCUCCUUUGCUGCCUUCAGAUGUUCAGGAGAGAACUCGAGCAAGGUUUUGGGUUCACUUAAUUGACAAAAAGAUUUAUAGCCUUAUUAGACGGUUGGUAUGGUCAUCAAGCAGUGAUAACCAAAAAGCAGCCGCGAAGGACCUCAUCGAGUUCUUCAAAGUAAUAGAAGGAGAGCUUGGAGACAAGCCUUAUUUUGGAGGAGAAGGCUUUGGCUUUGUUGAUGUUGCCCUUGUUCCUUUCUAUGGGUACUUCUAUACUUAUGAGACGUUUGGGAACUUCAGAUUUGCUAGAGAGUGCCCCAAACUUGUUGAAUGGGCUAAGAGAUGUUUGCAAAAGGAAAGUGUGUCCAAGAACCUACCUGACCCAUACAAGCAGGGGCGGAACUAG